AUGAAAAGCAUUGUAACUUUUAUAAUCGCAGCACUCUUGGCCGGUAUACAAGGUAAGAAAUUCUUUUUUGUUACAUCCUUUAGCCUGCGUGGCAGCCACCGGUUUUUUUAUGGUGAAGGGAGAAAUUUCAAGGACGCUCGCGUGCACCAGGGGAGAAAAGGAGAGAACGCUGACCAAAUUGACUAUAACCGGCGCCUGUCACUGAGGAUACUCGAAUAAAGUCUCUCAAUACCAAGCAAAAUACUACGAAAAAAAAUGGUCAGUAGUAAAAUAUAUCCUAUAUCAGAAUUAUCCUUAUCCUUUUGGGAGCCUGAUGAAAAGAAAGUGUUUUCUUCAGAACUGAUCUUACAUAAAAAUGAUUUUAUUACAAAGACAUCGUAAAUUCCACUUAACAGCCUGUUAACAAUUUUGUGAAAUUUCUCUUUCAAGGCAAUCCAAGGCGUGGCCCUGAAGUGGACUAUUUUGUUGAGAGUGACGAUGGAUCCGGCACACGUAAGUCUGAUAAUACUCAAAUAUGAAAAACAAAGUAAAGAAAUAAAGUAACGAAAAGCGCAAAGUAGCUGGGUGGCGUUUUAUAAAAUAUUUUUUUUCUAAACAAUCGGAAGAUCGUAAAUGGAACUGCUAAUGAGAGUGUGUAAAACCACAGGCGGCUUAAGCGUUUGUCGAAGUUUGUAAGAGAAAUAAAACUUACUACAAAUAAAUGGAUUAUAACAAAUAAAAGUUUUUAGCUAAUUAUAGGUAUUUUCUCCUGGUAUCGUUGGCGUCUUUCUAUACGAAGUUUUAGCGCGAUUUUAUUGGUAUAACAUCAUCCCACCUGAUUAUAAUUUUAUUACGUCUUCAUUUGCUUGUUCCUCAAAAAAUUUAGAAUUAAAGAAAUAAACAUUUUUUUUUACUAUUAUUCAAAUGGCAGUUGUCACCCACCAGGUUGUUUUUGAGUUUCUUGUUUAAAAAUAUGUUUAGGCAGUAGUUCUUUGGAGAACGCUAACUGGUUUUGAAGAAUUAGCCAGGGGCCCUUUUCAGUUAAUCAGAAACGGAGACAUGGAGCUUGCCAAUGCACUUUGCAGUAGGAUUUCAAUAACUCCGACUCUCUAUAUACAUUUUGGGCGAAAAACGAAACAAGAAAUGCCAGGAGCCCAUCAUGGACUCCUGGAAAUGCUAAUAUACCUACAGCUCAACGCGGUUCUAAGCUACUCGUUUUCCAAAUAACUCGCCUUUAGCUAACAAGGAUUCAGUGUUUUUUUUUCAACUUGACAUUUGAUUGUUAUUGUUGUUGAUUUAAGCGCCAACACCUCCUCCACCCAUGAGUACAGCUGCUCCACCAAUUCCCAGCUCUUCCGGGCCGACUCCCUCUGGCGCUCCAUCAUCUUGCGGUGAUCGCCCUUCUGGUUCCGUUUCAAGAAUCGUUGGUGGAAAGGAGGCAGUCAAGCACAGCAUUCCAUGGCAGGCAAUGUUACGAUCUGGGUCUCAAUUCUGCGGUGGUUCGCUUAUACACAAACAAUGGGUUCUAACUGCAGCUCACUGCGUCGAGAAUGAAUCACCAGGCGGCUUUAAGAUCUGGUAUGUAGUGCAGAAUUUAAGUGCUGAUAAAAGGUAGUAUCAUGAGCCUUCAUACAUCUUAUUUUGACCAGUGAAAUAAGAGGUUUAGAACGGUGCAGGUCUACUGCUUAUUUUAGGGCAGCAACAGUGUAGUUACAUCUUGCUGUUAUAAAAAAUUAUCGGCGCUCAUUCCUAUGUACGUAUCGGUGAAUUAAUAACCAUGGCCUGUGGGUGUAAAAAACAAUAAGAUGGCAAAAAGAAAAUUUCUCAGGUUUUUUUGUUAAGAUUAUCUUUUACUGGAAAAGCGUACGGCUGCACACUACUAAUUUUUUUGUAUCUAGGUUGGGGGCUCAUAGAAAGGAGGUGAAAGAGAACGCUACUCAAGAAUUCGAAGUGAUUAAAAUUGUGAGGCAUCCUGAUUACAAUGCUAAAGGCAACACUGAAAACGACAUGGCUUUGAUCAAGCUCAAUCGAGAAGCUGUAUUGGGACCGGGUGUGGGGUUGGUCUGCCUGGGAGAUAACGGCAAUCACUUGCCCCUGGAUGACCUCAACAAUCAGUGUUUAAUCAGUGGGUGGGGUACUCUUGAAUCUGGAGGAAAUCAGCCAGACGUGUUGCAUGAAGUCAUGGUGCCCCUUGUGUCGAAAUCCGUCUGCCAAGGAGCCUACGGUAAUCUAGACGAUUCCAUGUUGUGUGCAGGGUUCAAGCAAGGCGGCAAGGACAGUUGUCAGGGCGACAGUGGUGGUCCGUUGGUGUGCCAGUACAACAACAAGUGGUUCGUUGAGGGAGCAACCAGUUUUGGAAAAGGGUGCGCUGCUCCAGAUGCGUAUGGCGUUUACGCUAAAGUACGUCAUCUAAGGCAGUUCAUUGACAGCACCAUCCAGGGGUAA